ACGAGUUUCCGCGUUCGGACGGAAAACCCUCCAAGAGGGAGGAGGAACAAAAUAAACCAAAAAAAAAAAAAAAAGCGCGGAAUAAUCCGACAGCCUUUCUUUGUUGGGAAAGAAAACCCAGAAGGAGGCUGAUUUUCUGUUUGUUUGUUUGUUUGUUUGUUUGUUUGCCCCACGCCCGGGGGUGUCCACAGCGCUCGCGGAAAGACAGAAGCGCGCGUGCGAGGGAGUGAGGAGAGAGAGCGCGCGCGUGCUAAAGGCUGAACAGUCGCGGAAAAGGCUUGCCGCCGUCUCGCGCGCGCGCCUCUCUCUCUCUCUCUCUCUCUCUCUCUCUUUUUCUUUCUUUCUGUGUGUGUGUAUAUAUAAUAUAUGUGUGUGUGUGUGUAUGUGCAUGCGCGCUUGUGUAUGUGUGUGGUUUUUUUUUUGUCCUCGCUCGUGAAGAGGAAGGAGGGAAGGAAGGAAGGAGGGAGGGUUAAAGUGAACGGCAGCUGCGGUUUGCGCGCCUGGCUUCGUGCUUUUCAGCAUGUCGGAGGUGCUGCCAUACAGCGAGGAGAAAAUGGCUCAUUACGGGAACGACGGCGACGAUGAGGAUCACCUCUCGUUCACCUGUCGCCUGCAGGACACCAACAACUUCUUCAGCGGCAACCAGAACAAGCGACCACCCAAGCUUGGCCAGAUUGGGAGAAGCAAACGAGUCGAGGAAGAUGGUGAAACCGAGGCGCUGGAGAAAACGGCGGACAAGUCGUCUUCGUCUGCGUGAGCGGAUUCCAAAGACACUUGACCUUUGAUGUGUGUACCCAAAGACAUUGUAAAGAAGCACCCUGUCUCCCAUCCGGCAACCAAGCACGUCACACUCUCUUGCUCUCCGAUACCCUCUUUCCAUCAAACAGGGAUGGCUGGUGGACAAUGCGACGGGCAUGCAUGGGAAUCUGGACGAAAGGGGCCCAGGAAUGGGAAGGGACUACUGUGUUUUCCAAACUUCAUUCGAGCUAUGUGCAAUGAGGGGGGCAUUGCCUGGUUAACCGAGGCCGGCCCGUCCUAUACCAGGAUAAUAAUGAAGCAAUUAGAGUGACUGAGCAAAUUGUACCAUUAACAUCGAACCAGUAGCCGAUCAUCUUCCCCAAGCUGUAGUUCGAGGCUUAGCUGGCUGAUGAUGUUAAUGGUAAAAUAGCAAUGUCAACUUCUCUUCCACGGUGAAUUUCAAAACGAGAUUCACUAUGAUGUAUUUAAGAUAAAAGGCUAUUUAUUAAAUCUUUGGAUACCUUUUUUGCAGUGUUGGAGGUCUGAGCAAAUUUUAUAGAGAAUGACAGGAAAAUGGCGAUUUUCCUUUUUUUUUCGUUGCCGUUUUGGAUGUAGCUUGACUAAGGGAUUACCAUGGUCUACCCCUAAAAUACCCUCCCUCCCUCCCUCCUCUCCCACCCCAAACCCAACCUCCUUUCUUGCUGUUUCAUGCAUUUGAUGUUUCUAAGCUGACAAGGGUUAGAUCAGGUAUAUCAAGUUUAAAAAAAAAAAAAAAAGCCUAACUGUCGCAUUAUGAUCAUUAUUGUACUACAUAUUUACCGUAGAUGUGCCAAAUAAUCAUGACAGAAAUAUGUAUUUCUGUGCUCUCUUCACAUGCACAGUUUUAUUAAUAUUCGUUGUUCAUGUUUACAGGGCUUUUUUUCAUACUAGUGAUGUACUUUAGUCAUGCAUGACGAACCUGACGACCUCAAGAGAAUCUUAUAUAACAGCUAAUGUUGUGUUGAUUUCACAGAAAAAAAAGUUUCUACGGGAAUAUCUGUAAUAUUAAAGAUUUUGAGAAAUGGAA